AGUAAGACUGAUGUUUAUUCUCAAGUAUUCCUGAAUAUAUUCUUUUAUCCACAGAAAUAGAGCCUGGGAAAAAAUACAAGAGACAUCUGUUCCUCCCAAACACUGGACAACAAAAGAGUUAACACACAAUGGGGCAAGAAGAACUUCAAAAUGAACAAAGAGGCCAGCAUUUCCAGCAAAUUCCUUGGGUCAUUGCUAUUGUUUUCAUCUCACUUCUCAGUGCCUGCUUUAUUGCAAGUUGUUUGGUGACUCGUAACAGCUUUCUACGUUGUGAGAAAAGCAUGAGAAUGUUCAAGUUACCAGGGAACAACAUGAAGCUGACAUGCAAAGAAGAAAAAUCAGAACUGAAAGGGGUCACCUGGAAUUGUUGUCCUGUUGGCUGGGGAGCCUUCCAGUCCAACUGCUAUUUUCCUUUUCAUGAUAGCAAUACAUGGGCAGAGAGUGAAAGGAUCUGUGCAGAGCUGGGGGCUCACCUGGCCACCAUCAACACAGAAGCUGAGCAGAGCUUUAUUAUCCAGUAUUUGGAGAGACAAUUUUCAUAUUUCCUGGGACUUUCACGUGAGAAUCCUCAAGGCUCAUGGCAAUGGGUGGAUAGGACGCCAUUUAACCCACGUAUGGUAUUAUGGCAUAAGGGUGGACCCAACAACCAACAGAAAGAAAAUUGUGUUGUCCUUGUUAAUGACCAAAACAAAUGGGCCUGGAAUAAUAUUUCUUGUAACUCCAAGGCAAGUAGGAUUUGUCAGAAAUCUGGAAGAGUACUCGCCUGAAAGUUAUGAAGGGGCUCUUGUGGUGAGGACAGAAAAAAGAACCCAUUAGACCAAGAGAAUGUACGUGCCUCAUUGGAGCAGAGAAAACUUGCUAGAUCACAGAACGUUUUCAAUCAUGAUGGCCUUAUUUAUUUUGUUCAGUUCAUUCAGGAUAAUGUGUUUUUAUGUGGUGUUUCCGUGGAAAGAAUCAUCUCUUCUAUAAAAAUCAUCUUUCAUUAACUUUGCUUUCUUGAUAGUAUUUCAAAGAAUUUACUUUUCAGUUGGUGUGCAUUUAUCACACAUUUAAAAGAAUGAUUUAAAUGGUACAAUGUCUUAGUUAUUUCUUCCUGUUAACUCUUAAAAUGUAGUGGGGUAUUCACAUUGUAAGUUGUAACAAUGUCAAAUAACUACACUGUGCACCUGAAAUGAAUAUAACCAAUAUAAGAUUGCACACCAACCACACUUAAAUGUAAAAUGAAUUCAAAGGCAGGAUAUUCCAACUAGUAAUGGUACACAACUUUUUAACUCAAAUGUCACAAAUGCUUUAAAUUUUUUUAAAUAUAUUUUAAUUGUUUGAUGCUUCAGUUUUAGACAUUUUAAUAGUAUCAGUCAUAAAAUUGACAUUUCAUGAGAAAAAUGUUUUCUGAACCACAACAGUAUAGUUCAAACUGACAGUGACCAGAGGGGAGGGGGAAGAAAGAUAAUGGGGGAAAGAAGAGGACUGGGCCAGCAAAGGAACGCGAAAAAAGACUCACGGGCACAGACAAUGGCAGGGGACUGACUGUGGGAGGGAGGGGGAUGGGGUAAGGGUGAGCAAUGGGGAAAAAAGGUGGGACAAUAGUAACUGAACAACAAUAAAUUAAAAAAAAUAUAGUCCUGAAUUAUGGCAUUGCCCAGGUAGAAAGAAAAUGUCCAUUGACCUUUAAAAAAUUCAUUUCUUACUCUAUCCUAAAUGUCUUACCAAAGCAGGGAGUCUCAAGUUGACUGACUUAUUAAUUAUUUUUUUUGAGUGGAAAAGUCACCUGAACCAAACUCCUUCAAUUCUAUAGCUGAGGAAAUGAAAACCUUGGGAAGCCCAAGAGCUCACCGUUGCAUUGCUAGUUCAUGAGAGAGCCAGGCAUAUGACUCAGACCUAAGAGGUGAAAUGCACUGUCUUUGUUAUUACAGGAAACCUACUGCAGGUGACUUGGCCUCUUGGCUAACAGAUAGAUAGAAAUUCCUAAUUAUUUGAAGUAACAUUGUAUUGAUGAUUCUAUAUUUUUAAUUUGAAUAAUAUUUUCAACUCAUGUAAAUUGUUAGCAUGUUUCUUUGGAGCUAUAAAACUAUAGUUCAAACUAAUAAGGAAGUCAUUGUUUUAAUAACUGAAACUUAUGCUUUUAUGAUAUAUGUAGAACUAAUUAUGGAGCAGUCAUAUCCAGCAUCAACAAAAUAUAGUUGUUUUUCUUGAAAUUCUGAAAAUGCUGGUGUUUCCUGGAUCUAAGCUAAAAAAUGUCAAGCAAGAGCCCUUUGACCUAACUUUCUUAACACUAUUUUUAAAACAGUAUUUUGCAAAUUGGUGAUCUUCUGAGUCUGAAUAUCAGUGCUUGAUUGAUUGAUUCCACCCGUGUACGUAUGGGUCUGUAUUUAAAGCUGAUCCUUUCCACUAGUGCUAAGUGACUUUGUUUGCCAUAUUUACUGUUACAAAGUCUACAAAAACCUGUUGAAAUAACUUUAUGUAAAUACUCAUAGGCUUCGUAUAAUUAACAUUAUUCAUUUUUAUUUAUAUAAAAUUGUGUACUGGUAGAGCUUAAG